CUAUUCAUCCAGGAACCUUCCAAAAAUCUUCGUUGUUUGCUUUGUCAGCGCAUAAUGAAAGAACCGGUCGUUGCCAGUUGUGGCCACACAUUUUGUAAAAGAUGUAUAGAAACAUCAGUGCUUGGAAACGAAAGAUGUCCUUCGGAUAAUAAUACACUGUGUGCGGUAGCCGCAAAUUUAGCAGUAUCUGAACAAAUAGGGGAACUUGUAGUCCACUGUAGCUAUGGCUGCAGACAAGAUUCCCAAACCGGGUGUUUAGUCGUCGAUGAAGAGGGAUGUCCAGCAACCGUGAAAUUAAAGGAGAAGAAAAAUCAUGAAAAUAGCUGCCGCUAUGCCCCGGUGCAGUGCCCUAAUAGUAAAAUCUGUCCUAAGUUACUUCGCAUGGACCUAGAAAAUCAUUUAUCCACAUGUCAGUUUUGUUCUUGUCCUAAUAAAAGAUAUGGUUGUAAUUUUGAGGGAAAACUUGCUGAAUUAGAUGAACAUUUAGAAGUUUGUAGAUAUCAAGAUUUUAAGGAAUACUUUGAAGAUGUAGAUGAUAAGGUUCAUGAAUUGCAACAAAUUAUUAAAAAGAAAGAUCAGGAUAUUUCCUAUUUACAUUCUGUUUUAUUAAACAUCUCUGAAAGACUUUUAAAAUUAGAGAAAACUGUAGAUAUCCGGUUUGAGGUGAUUAGUGAUAACCAGACUAAACUGGCGGACGAUAUCACAGGAUCAGUUAGGGCAAUUAAUCAAAUAUCUAAUGAAAUGGUAGAUUUGCAGGCAAGAAUUGGAGCCGCAGGAAAUUUUGAAGUGCAGACAAUGUUCAAAUGUCAGGGAACUUUCGUUGGACACCAGGGUCCAGUAUGGGCUUUAGGAGUUCAUGCUGAUUUCCUCUUUAGUGCAUCAUCGGAUAAAACCAUAAAAGUAUGGGACACGAAAAAUAGCUACAAAUGUAUAAGAACACUAACCGGACAUAAAAAUAUUGUUCUUGGACUUUGUGUUCACGGAACGAAUCUCUUUAGUGGAUCUUCAGAUAAUACUAUUAAAGUUUGGGAAAUUAGCACUUUAGAAAUGUUAAAGACUAUCAGUGCACAUGACAAUCCAGUAUGUACACUAGCGACGUCAUCCGAUUGGUUGUUCAGCGGCUCCCACAAAAUAAUAAAGGUCUGGGAUAUUAAAACCUUUAAACAUUACCAUGAUUUAACUGGGUUAAAUCACUGGGUGAGAGCGCUAGUUUGCAAAGAUGAUAAAUUAUAUUCUGGAUCAUAUCAGAAUAUCAAGAUAUGGGAUUUGAAUACCUUCGACUGCAGUUAUGUAUUACAAACAUCUGGGGGAAGCAUUUAUUCAUUAGCCGUUACAGAAUCGUAUAUUAUAUGUGGAACGUAUGAAAAUAAUAUUCAUGUAUGGGAUGUCCUAUCAUAUGAACAGCAAAAGACAUUAGCUGGUCACACAGGCACAAUUUAUGCCUUAGCGGUUAUAGAUACUCCAUCACAACCGAAGCUAUUUAGCGCUUCAAAUGAUAAAACUUUACGGGUUUGGAGAUUGGGUUCUUUUGAUUGUGUUCAAACGAUGGCUAGGCAUGACGGAAGUGUGGCUUGCUUGGUUGUUUCAAAUAAUAGAGUUUUUUCAGGAGCUUUGGACAAUACUAUCAAGGUUAGCUUUCUAUUUUUGUCUAUGUCUAUCGGUACCGCAUAA